AUGCCCCAGAUCAAGCUACAGAGCUCAGACAACGACAUCUUCCCGGUGGACAUUGAGAUUGCCAAGCAGUCGGUCAUGAUAAAAACCAUGCUGGAAGAUUUGGUAACUGAUGAUUCGGAUGAAGAACCAGUGCCCCUGCCCAAUGUGAAUGGCAGCAUUUUAAAGAGGGUCAUUCAGUGGUGUACUUAUCAUAAAGAUGAUCCACCAACCCCUGAUGAUGAUGAUGCCAAGGACAAGAGAACUGAUGACAUAUGUUCAUGGGACCAAGAAUUUCUCAAAGUGGACCAGGGAACAUUAUUCGAACUGAUCCUGGCUGCAAACUAUCUAGACAUCAAAGGGCUGCUUGAUGUUACUUGCAAAACUGUGGCUAACAUGAUUAAGGGUAAAACCCCAGAAGAAAUCAGAAAAACCUUUAAUAUAAAGAAUGAUUUUACCGCUGCAGAAGAGGAACAAGUCAGACGUGAAAAUGAAUGGUGUGAGGAAAAGUGA